UUGCGAAGUUACAAAGAAUUAUCAAAAAGAACCGUCGAAAUCGUCGAUAAAAUCGAGACUUUAAAUGAGUUCGUGCGUGCUUUCAAGUUGAACGCAUCGUCGAAAAAAAUGUUUAGCAGCAGAUUUAUAUUUUUAUUCAUUCCGCUGUUGCUGAUGGGCAGCGGAUUGAUUGCAUCAGACAGAACGGAGGAUUGCACGGAUUUGGCGAAAGACGAAGAACCGUUGCUCGUAUUUUCUACUUUGGGGGGCGGAUUAGUGGCCGUUGAUCCCGUAUCGACCGAAGUACGAUGGCGCAUCGAAGAUGAACCGGCAAUUAAAGUUCCUCCAACCUCAGCGGAGUGUCCUCGUCCCAAAUUUUUGCCGGAUCCCCGUGACGGAAGUUUGUAUCGUUUGCAGGGCGUGAGUGGAUUGAAAAAAAUGCCUUACACGAUCCCACAGCUGGUUGCCAGUGCUCCAUGCAAAUCGAGUGACGGCAUUUUAUAUUCGGGCAAGAAAAAAGAUACUUGGUUCCUGAUCGAUCCAACGACAGGACGUCGCGAAAAAGUUUUGGGCUUUGGUGCGCCGCCCACAGGCACCCAAGAAUCCAUCGGAUGGGCCACGAAACGCGCAAUUUAUUUGGGCCGCACUCAAUAUACCGUCCUCAUGUACGACAGCAAGGCAGAUGAUAAGAAACCAUGGAACGUCACGUUUUACGAUUACGCGUCGCACUCCAUGGCACCCGAACUGACGAACGAUUACGAGUAUUUGCAUGUUUCGAGCAGCGAAUCGGGCGCCGUGGUAACGCUCGAUCGCAAAAAAGGCACUUUAAUCUGGGAAAAUGACUUUUCGACGCCGGUAAUUGCCGUUUUUUUGCUCGGCCGAGAAGGAUUGUUAUCAGUUCCCUUCACUACGGUAUCAGAUCAAGUGUUGAACGAUGUGAAAAAGUUCGCGAAAGAGGGCGAUGAUAAGAAUUUUGAACUAUUUCGCACACUUUAUGUGGGCGAACACUCGAGCGGAUUGUAUGCGUUGCCCUCGCAUAUCGGAAAAGACGAGCCGUUGAUCUCAAUUGAGUCGAAAAUCAGACAAAUUGAAGGCCCAAAGGACUCGGAUGACUCGGAGGAAGCUGUAAGUGAGCCCGAAAAGCCCGGCGAUUACAAGAAAAAUGUCAUAAACUUGAACGAAAUCAUCCAAAAUCAGAAAAAAAUCAAAAAAGAAGCGAUUGUUGUGCUCGGGCAUUAUGAAACCCCAUCCGUGGAAGAAGAUAAAAACUUAAAAAUUUCUCCUUCGACGCCUGUCAUCAGCGAUGUUGCUACAAUUGCCAAAUCCCCAGCGCCAUUCGUGACUUUUGACACCGGAAAUGGCUUCAUAAUAACUCCCGAAGCCCCCAGCACGGAAGAUAAAAGUGUUCGGAUGAAGCCCGAGGACAAUCGAACAAACUGGAAUGAGAUCCGAAACCAAAAAAUCGUCAAAACUCUCUAUCUUCGCGCCAAACAGUGGCUCGAUUCGCAAGACAACAAAAUUUUCAAACUAAUAACGAUCAUUUUGUGUGGCUGUGUGAUCUCCUUUUUGUGGUAUUUGCACAUUACAGUCAAAGAAUUGAAGCAACAGAGUCAAACAGGCUCCAAUGGACCUUCGAGCGGGCGAAUUCAUCAUCUCGAAGAUCUGGGAAGCGGUGAAAUUCGCAUCGGAAAGAUCACUUUUAGUCCAAAUCGGGUGCUCGGGAAGGGAUGUGAAGGUACAUUUGUGUUUCAAGGUACCUUUGAGGAGCGACAAGUUGCUGUCAAGAGACUCUUGCCGGAGUGUUUCACGCUUGCCGAUAGAGAAGUUAGUUUAUUGAGGGAAAGUGACGCACAUGAAAAUGUCGUGAGGUACUUUUGCACGGAGCAGGAUAGGCAAUUUAGGUAUAUUGCGGUUGAAUUGUGUGCAGCAACGUUGCAGGAUUAUGUCGAGGGACCGCGUGCGAAGGAGCUGAAAGGACAAAUUGAUAUGUUGACAGCACUUUAUCAAGCCUCAGCGGGGUUGGCGCAUUUGCAUUCGUUGAAUAUUGUUCAUCGUGACAUCAAACCACAAAACGUGCUUUUGUCACUUCCGGAUGGUUCCAACACCGUUCGCGCCAUGAUUUCCGACUUUGGAUUAUGCAAGAAGCUCAAUUUAGGAAGAACGAGUUUUUCACGUCGAUCUGGAGUGACAGGCACUGAAGGUUGGAUUGCUCCUGAAAUGAUUCGUGGUCAAAGAACGACAACUUCUGUCGACAUUUUCUCCAUGGGAUGCGUUUAUUAUUACGUUUUGACGAACGGUUCGCAUCCCUUUGGUGACACUCUGAAGCGACAAGCGAACAUUUUAUCGCAUGAUCAUGACCUGCGAUUGCUCAAUUGCACAGGUCCAACUCACAAAGGCGUCUUAGCGGAGGAAGUUAUCAAAGACAUGAUUCAUCGUGACCCUGCGAGAAGACCUCCGGCACGUGCGGUGCUCAAACAUCCUCUUUUCUGGAACGAAGAGAAGAUUCUUGCCUUUUUACAAGACAUCAGUGAUCGCAUUGAGAAGGCAGAUUUGACGUCGGAGCCUCUGAGAUCGCUCGAACGCAACGCCAGACUCGUCGUUCGUGACGAUUGGAGUCAACAUCUUGAUCCCGAAGUCGAGGAAGAUCUCAAAAAGUUCCGCGGCUACCAAGGAAUCAGCGUUCGUGACUUAUUGCGUGCCUUGCGGAACAAGAAACAUCACUACCACGAACUGAGUUACGAUGUGCAACAAGCCUUGGGCACCGUUCCCAUCGAAUUUACGCGUUACUGGAUCUCGAGAUUUCCGCAUCUCGUGUCCCAUUGUUACCAUGCCUUGCAAAUUGUCGCCGAAGAGUAUCUUUUCAGGUCAUAUUACGACGCCAACUACCUUUUUACGCGUCACAGUUACUUGAUGUCGCACGAAUAUGACAACGUAAAGUUAAUUUCUUUCUACGAAAAUAACAUAAAAAAUGUCAGCAAGUCGCCGAAACGAGUAAAACCCCCGUCAGAUGCGCAAAAACGAUCGCCAGCGUUCUUGCAGAGGACCGAAAAUCAAGAAAACAAGUCGCCAACUAAUCGACGAGGCAUGUACAACUUCAAGCGAUACACGCCGGAGGAGAAUGGACUGACAGAAGUGCCUGUUUUUAUCACGCGAGACCAAAUGGGGAAUUUUCUCACGUCCCCAAGUGACGCCCUGAAGAAGCAAUCGCCUGCGAAAGACCCGGAAGAGCCCAAAAUCGUGUGGAAAUUGCCCGUCGUGAAUGAAGAAGUGAAAUCGCCGCCGCCGGGAUUGACACCCGCUACACAACAACAACCAAAACAAAACAAUAACAAGAAUAAAGAUAAGAAGAAACGUAAGAAAGAUGAGUAAGUCUUUACUUUUCUUUUAAAUUUUCAACAAAAAAAAUGUCACGAGACAUUUUACGUAGAAUUUUAAGUGCAAUUUUUACCAUAAAAAAAUUUUUACAUAUGAAAAGUGUAAGAUAGAGAGUAGUUUUUUAAGAAAAUGUGCAAAUUUCUUCAAAACUUUACUCGAAUCGCUCCUUUUACUGAUCUCGACUUCUUGCUAAAGUCAAAAAUUUAACAAAAAAUCUUUA